AUGCUGACGACGACAGGAGAAGUCUUGGCUCCGCUGAAGCACACUGGCUGCGUGCUGCAGGUCAGCGGGAUGCGUAUAUACACAUAUGGGGAAAUGGAGGCAGUCAACGGGACGGACGCUCGUCUCAAGUGCACAUUUCAGAGUUCCUCUCCUAUUAAUCCCAAAACAACUAUCAUCUCGUGGAGCUUUAGACCCCUCAAAAAAGGCAGAGAGGAAUCGGUGUUCCACUACCAGGAACGACCCUAUCCUCCUGUAGAGGGCAUUUUCAGGAAGCAUGUCUCCUGGGCCGGUGACAUCAUGGGCCAAGACGCCUCCAUCAUAAUUAAAGAGGUCAAGUUCACUUACAACGGCACUUACAUCUGCCAGGUCAAGAAUCCGCCGGAUGUCCACGGAUCAGUUGGAGAGAUUCAUCUGCGUGUCGUCUCCACAGCCUCUUUCUCCCAACUUCUACAUCUGGCUUUGGCCAUCGCGGGCGGCAUCACUGCAGUGGUCCUCCUCAUCAUGCUCAUCCUGUACUGCAGGAGGUGCAAGAAACGGAGACAGAGGCAGCCGGAGGGGAGCGAGGAAGCUCCCCGUAAAGAGAGAAAAGAUCCCACUGCGUGCCACCCAUCGAGGGCCAUACACCUUUACAUGUCAGAGACGUCCUUAGAGAUUGACAGCUCAGAUGGCAUGAUCUCAGAGGCCAGCACCAAUGACCCGAGCUCCUCAGAGGACGAGGGCCCGAGCUCAGACGACGAAGACGACGGUGACGAUGACUCCGACUGA